UGUGUGUGUGUCCUUUGACAUUCUUAACAAGUCACAUUAGACAAAAAGAAAGGGGGAAGUUGCAGGAAGACGAGACCUCGGAAAUUGAGUUUGGCAACCUGUGACUGGUUUGGGAGCGGGACCACAGGAGGAGGGGGGGGGGGGGGGCGCAGGGGGGGCUGCAGGCACAAAGAGAAGCUGCCCAGGUGUGUCGCCUCUCAGUCAUGACCACAGCUCCAUGCCGCUAGCUACCAGAAGGGUGCGGAGCGCGUGAGGAGCCAUGGCGGCGUGCUGGAAGCGUUUGGAGGACGAGCGCAGCGCGGGAAGCGGAGCGAGGACACGCGUGUGCCAUUCAGCCUGCUGCUGCCGCUGCUCACGUGUGGAAACCCCUGCUCAGGACGGGGGCCCCGCUGCGUGCCCCUUCCCCCACAAGGCCUUCUGGGCGGGCCUGGCGGCCGCUCUGCUCCUGGUGGUCGCCGCGCUGUGGUGGACGGGUCACCUGGGACCUCCCGGGCCUCGCUCUGAGUCCCUGCAGAUCGUCCGGAUCACGGCCCCCGACCCGUCCGGCGCUCUGAUCGACCAGUCGGCCGUCGUGGACCCGCGGAACCACCUGGUGACCUUUUCUGUGACCUCGCCGGCAAACCAGACGUCCACCGUGCUCUUCGACGUCAAACACGGCCUGAUAUGCUACAAGCCCGCGGGGCAGGGGAGCUGCUUCCUGCGCAGGAUGGAGCCCGACGACUACCACAACGCGCACGCCCUGCUCGCCGAGCCCAAGAGUUCCAUCCAGCUGUCUGGGAAUGAGACCCGGAGGCAGACGGAGUUCCUCGGGGUGCUGGCGGCCGGUCGGGUGGACGCGUCCACGCUGGGGGGGGCGCUGCAGGCUCUGUGCCGGGACAGCUCCGUCCACUGGACGAGGAGGGUGGAAGGUGCAGGGAGACAGAGGCUGGUCUACUUCUGCAUCGACAUCUGCUUUCCCAGCGACAUCUGCGUGUCCGUGUGCUUCUACUACCUGCCCGAGUGACUCCUCCUCCUCCUCCUCCUCCUCCUCUCAGCCCAACACCUGGGAAACAACGUCGUCCUUUAAGCUCCCUUCACGAGAGAGCGAGAGAGAGAGAGAGAGAGAGAGAGAGAGAGAGAGAGAGAGCGAGAGAGCGAGAGAGAGAGAAGGCUUUGGCGGUUUCCUUUGUGGCGCCGAGUGGAGCAGCCCCCCCCCCCCCAGAGGAGAGAGUUAUAUUCACGUGUAGUCACCUCUCAGCCGAUCACUCAACAAAGACCCCCCCCCCCCUUUUUUUAACUAAUUGUAUUUCCUGUAAC